AUCAUUAUUAAUUUUUUUUGUAAGRAUAUGUUAAAUGUUUAGAUGUGUAAAAUGUAGAUUGUAAAUUUGUAAUAAUAAACAAUUUGGAAUAUUUGAAUGGAAUAUUACUAACAUUGUUACAUCGUUAUUUCUGUAAUUAUCGUUCGUGCCCGUGCCCCGUAUGCAAACUUAAUUACUCGCGCGAAUAAACAAUUAACAAAUAUGUCAAUUAUUAUUAAUAAUAAUUGUUGUGUUGUAUGUACCUAUACUACGUACCUACCCUAGAAUAGUAAUAUAUCUGCUAACGGCUAGGCAAAUUUUUUCUCUUUUAAUAAAAAAAUAAAAAUCUUGGUUCUUACCGGAAACCACCACUAUGAGCAACAACCGUACUUCGUCCAAAGAAAAAGAUCCAGUAGUGUUGAGUUACGAGAAUUUUCUCCUUCACGAAUCCGACGUUCGUCUGCUUGUUGACGACCAAUGGCUAAACGAUUCCGUCAUCGGUUUCUACAUGGAAUAUCUGAACACAGAAGUAUUCAAGAACAAUCCAAAAGUAUAUUUUAUUAGCCCAGAAAUAGUGCAAUGCAUAAAGGAGUGCAACGUAGAUGACAUUGCUGUGUUCCUUGACCCACUGGUCAAAGGUAAAAACUAUUCGUACAUCUUCUUCCCGCUGAAUGAUCAGGAACAAUUGCAAACAGUCGGUGGUACACACUGGUCGUUGGUAGUGUAUGGGGCGCAAGACAAACGCCUCUUCCACAUGGAUUCAAUAUUUGAUUCCAACGAGAAACAGGCAAGGAAAUUGGCACUAAAGCUGAAAUUCUAUUUCAAAGACAUUGUAGACAUCAUCACUCCAUUGGUGACCAGACAGCAACAGAAUAGUUACGACUGUGGAAUACACCUUAUAUGCAAUGCGGAAAAUGUCGCACAAUUUGUUUGCGCAAAUUUAGACAUACGUGAAGUAGAUCCAGUGGAUGUAGAUGAUCUACAAAAUAAACGUAGCAGUUUAGUUGAUCUGAUUUACAAAUUAGCUAGAAGAAAAGAAAUUACAUAGGACCAUGUUGAGAUAUUGUUCCAAUAUAUUAUUAUUAUUUUAACUAAUAUAUAUAUAUAUAUAUAUAUUUAUUUUAUUUUUUGUUCCUA